UUGCACCGGAAGAGAAGAGGUUUUGUUCCUGCGCAGCGUUUCGCCAUGGCCCGGGGCCCCAAGAAGCACUUGAAGCGUGUUACAGCACCGAGGCAUUGGAUGCUGGACAAACUAACGGGUGUGUUCGCACCUCGUCCAUCGACAGGUCCCCACAAGCUCAGGGAAUGUCUCCCACUCGUCAUCUUCCUCAGGAAUAGACUCAAGUAUGCAUUGACUGGAGAUGAGGUAAAGAAGAUAUGUAUGCAGCGCUUCAUAAGAAUUGACGGCAGGGUUCGGACAGACAUCACAUACCCCGCUGGAUUCAUGGAUGUCAUCAGCAUCGAGAAAACAGAUGAACAUUUCCGCCUGGUCUAUGACACCAAGGGCCGCUUUGCUGUUCACCGCAUCACAGCAGAAGAGGCAGGGGUAAGUUGGGCACGUCAAGUUAAGUGGACUUGGUAAUUUCCAGUUGGACAAAUCUGUUAGUGAGGUUUUCAGAGGGCGUAUAGGCCAGAUUCCAGGACUGUUUGCUGCCUCUGCUCGUUGGUAUGGUUGUUUAAUCCAGGCAUGUAGGUCUACCAAAACUGAUGCAAGAUAA